AUCAGUUACAUAAUUUAUCUAUACAAGGUCCUAAAUCACGUGAUUUACUAAAAUCAUUAAAUAUUCGAAUACCAUUACAUCGUCCAUUGAAAAAAUUAUGGAAUAUUAGAUGAAUAUUGGGCACUUAGAAAACAUGUGACAAUAAUGGAUUUAUCACCAUUAAAUAAAUUUGAAAUACUAGGACCAGAUGCAGAAUAUUUACUACAAAUGGUAAUAACUAAAAAUAUUAAAAAGAUGUCUAAUGGACAAGUGCUAUACACAGCAAUUUGUACUCGUAAGUUAAUUAUUCUAUACGAAUAACUGUUAAAUGUUAUUAAUAAGUUCUUCACACAGAUAUAAAUGUCUUAACAAAUAGUUUGAUAAUUCUGUAUAAUUUUUUCAAUGGACGAUGAGUACUGGUCUGUAGUUUUAUGAGAUAUAUGACUCUUCGAAUUGAACUAACCAUAAUCCGUUUGACCUUUUAAACUAAAACUUCAUUCACUUUCGUUCUAGACACCGGUGGAAUGAUUGAUGAUGCAAUGUUAUUUAAAAUGAAUGAACAUUGUUAUCGUUUGAUAUGUAGAUCAGAUUAUACGGGAAUCUGGUUGCAAGAACAAACACAAAAACUGAAACUAAAUCGUGUAUGGAUCAAAUCAGUGACAGAUCAGUUACAUAAUUUAUCUAUACAAGGUCCUAAAUCACGUGAUUUACUAAAAUCAUUAAAUAUUCGAAUACCAUUACAUCGUCCAUCAAUAGAUGAAUUAGAAUUAUUUCGUUUCACAAUUGGAAAAGUGAGUGAUAUUGUUAGUACUCAUGAAAUACCGUUGUUAAUAUCAAGAACAGGUCAUACGAAUGAAUUGGGUUUUGAAAUUUGGUGUCAUUCGUCGAAUUCUGUUAAAUUAUGGAACAAAAUUUGGUCGAAUGGACAAAAUCCUGUCUACAAUCUGAAACCAUUGGGUUUACUAGCGUUGAAUAUUUCGAGAACUGAAGCUGGAUUUUUACCUUUUGAUUAUAACUUUGAUGGCCAGACAGAUGCAAUCGAAGCUGAUAUUGGCUUUGUUAUGGAUUAUACAAAACAAGAAGAGUUUAUUGGUAAGCAAGCAUUAAUUGAACGAAAAGAUCGUCGACAAAGACAAUUUGUCGGUCUCGAAUUACAUUGCAAUGAUGACAUAGAAAACGCAUCGCAGGGCGAUUACGUGUACUUAGAGAAUAGUGAUCAACAAAUCGGUAUCGUUAUAAGCAGUUGUAAAUCACCAAUAUUAAAUAAAUCGAUAGCAUUAGCAAAAAUAGACACUGAAUUUAGUGGAAUUGGAAAUAGAGUUGAAAUUAGAAAACGAGAUGACUAUGAGAAAUCCAUUCCAGCAAUGAUUGUUAAAUAUCCAUUUUAUGAUCCAAAAAAAUAG